AUGACAGGCACCACUCAUUCGGAGAUGAUUGUUUUCACCCAUGCCACCAUCAUCACUCAAGACUGUCAGCGGACCAUAUGGUUGGAUGCCACGAUUGUAACAAAACGCGAUCGUAUAAUAGCCAUCGGAAAAACUUCCCAGCUUGUUGGCGACGGCAAUGCUUUACCUAGCAACGCGCGUUUGGUGGAUUGCUCCGGACGAAUCAUCACGCCCGGCCUGGUUAACACGCACGCGCAUGCAGCGCAGUCCCUUCUGCGCGGGCUCGCUGAAGAUAUGCCGCUGCACUCGUGGCUCUGCGACGCGGUAUGGCCGCUCGAGGCCCAGUUCAGCGGCAAAGAUGGCUACGUGGCGGCGAAACUUACCAUUGCGGAAAUGUUGAAGAGCGGCACCACGUGUUUCCUUGAGGCCAUGUUGACCCAUCGCACCGGUUUCGAAAAUGUGGCCAGGGCGGUUGAAGAGAUGGGCAUUAGAGCUUGUCUUGGAAAAUUGGUAAAGGCGACCGACCCCAAUUUAAAAGAUGGACUGCCCGACCCGAGGGAUAUUGAUGCUCAGCAAAUGUCCAUGAACGCGAUGCUCGCUGCUCAUGCAAAACACCAUGAAUCCUGCGGCGGGCGGCUUCGAACCUGGGUUGCCCUAGGCACUCCUCGCGGAUCCGCAGAGGCUGCCUACCAUGCUAUCGGGGAUAUAUGCGAGAGAAAUAGCCUCGGAAUAACGAUGCACUGCGCGGAAGCACCCAAAGAUCGGAUAAUCUACCACGAAGCCUACGGCUGUAGUCCUGUCGAGUUCUGCAAGAGGACCAAGUUGAUCGGACCCGGGAGGAAAGCCGUCCUGGCACACAUGGUCAAUCUCGAUCUAGAGACCGACCUUGCGCUGCUUCGCGAGACCGGCGCCACAGUCUCUCACAACCCUGCCAGCAACUGCAAGCUUGGGUCCGGGAUCGCUGCCGUUCCGCAGAUGCUGGAGGCUGGGGUACACGUGGCGCUGGGAACCGACGGCGCCCCUUGCAACAAUACCUACGACAUGUUCCGCGAGAUGCGUCUCGCCGGUCUCCUUCACAGCGGUGUCCAUAAUCAGGCAGGCAUCCUGCCAGCCGAGGACCUAUUAGCCAUGGCCACUAUUCGAGGUGCAGAGGCGCUGGGCUUGGACAAGGAAAUUGGUAGCCUGGAGGUGGGUAAAAAGGCAGAUUUUGUCAUUCUCGAUGUGACAACACUGGGCUGCGCGCCCUUUGACUCUGAGCAAAUCUUGGAUGGUGGCUUUGAUCCCGUCACGGCGGUUGUAUACUCGUGUACGGGCGCAAAUGUGGCAUCCGUGGUUGUUGAUGGCCAGAUCUUGGUUGAAAAUCGCGCCCUGGUGGGUGUAAGCGAGCAAAGCAUUAUCCUCGACGCCAAUGCCGCCAUUCAGCGCAUACGUAAGAGAUCGAGCUGCCACACUGCGUCGCUAAGAAACUAUAAAUAA